CCCUCUGCUUUUUGCGACGUUAUCGGCUUUUUAAGGUUCUCUCCGCUUUUUCCAUGAGAAAGGAAACGUGUUCAAGCGAAGCGCCGAGAUAAGAAUACUCCCCAGCAGCUACGAGCGGAAAUGCCUUCGCCAUUCUCCAAGUCUUCUCCAACAAUCCCUAACUCCUUGCUCCUCUAGGGUUUGAGCCAAUCCCUUUCCAAAACCCUUAAAUCUCGUGAUUACUCUUCUUCGAGUCGAUCGGAGGAGGGAAGUGAGAGAAUGGGGAGGGGUUGCAGGUCGGCGUCGCACCAGAUGUUCAAGGAUAAGGCAAAGAACCGGGUCGAUGACCUUCAAGGGAUGUUUUCGGACCUCCAAUCAGCUCGCAGAGAGAGCCGCGCCGGUGACGUCGCUGUGCUAGAGGAGCAGGUCAAUCAGAUGCUGCGCGAAUGGAAGGCCGAGCUCAAUGAGGCCUCUCCUGCUACUUCGUUUCUCGGGAACAGCCGGGUCUCGUCUGACCUCUCUUCGGAGAUCCGCCGCUUGUUGCAGCUUGGCGAGGAGGAGGAUGAUGCCACGAGCCAAUUAGCGGAGCUGGCACAGGCCAAUCUGAAACCAGAGCCUGUGGAUACGCCUGAAGCUUUGGUAGGUAGUGUUCAAGGUGGAAGAUCUGCUGCCUUUCAAGAGGAACUACCUCAAAAUGAUUUUCUAAGCGCCGAUUGCCAAGUUGCUGCUGCCAUUGACUAUCCACAAUUUAAUAUGAAUCAAGAUAUGCAGAAUAAUCAGUAUAUCGAUUUACAUGCUUGCGGACAGGAUGCUGUUACACUCUUACCCCAUUUUCAAGAGAUGUUACCAAUGAUAUGCCCUCCUCCUGCUGCAUUUUUGAGGCAAAAAUGUGCACUUUGGGAUUGUCCCAGGCCCACACAGGGAUCAGAAUGGUGUCAGGAUUACUGUAGUAGCUUCCACGCAACAUUGGCAUUUAAUGAAGGCCUUAGUGGUAUGAUUCCUGUGGUUCGUCCUGGAGGUAUUGAUCUAAAGGAUGGUCCUCUUUUUGCUUCUCUCACAGCGAAGGCUCAAGGCAAAGAUGUUGGUAUACCACAAUGUGAAGGGGCUGCAACAACGAAGUCUCCUUGGAAUGCACCUGGUAUGCUUUAUGUUUGUGUUCUUUUUUUGGUAGAUACGGAAAUUAUAAAAAGAGCUUUUGAAAGUGGGAACAGAAAGCAGAGAUCCCUGCCAGACUAUAGCGGGCGUGGCUGGCAUGAAUCGAGGAAGCAGAUCAUGGAAGAAUUUGGAGGGUUGAAGAGAUCUUAUUAUAUGGAUCCUCAACCCUCUAACCAUUUCGAAUGGCAUCUUUUCGAGUACGAAAUCAGUAACUGCGACGCCUGCGCCCUAUAUCGACUGGAAUUUAAACUUGCAGAUCACAAAAAGAGUUGCAGGGCGAAGCCUAAUGUCGAUUUACUUGACCUGCAGCAGCAAAUGGGGAAGCUCAGUGCCGAGCAUUUCUCUGACAAGAAACGCCACGCAAGGCAUCUUUUCGAGUACGAAAUCAGUAACUGCGACGCCUGCGCCCUAUAUCGACUGGAAUUUAAACUUGCAGAUCACAAAAAGAGUUGCAGGGCGAAGCCUAAUGUCGAUUUACUUGACCUGCAGCAGCAAAUGGGGAAGCUCAGUGCCGAGCAUUUCUCUGACAAGAAACGCCACGCAAAGGGCAGAGCAAAAGCCAAUCUUGAUAGUUCAGAAUGUACUCAGAAGGAAAUUGGUGAAGGUGCUCAAAAUGAUAGUCCUAUCUAUGGGCCUCACCUCCCAUAUGCUUAUUCCAUAGACAGCUUAAAUAACUAUUAUGGCUCCGACUUGAAGUAGCAAGUGAGAAGUGGAGAUUACUGAUUUUGCUUCAGCUUUUGCUUCUGCUUCUGCUUAUCUUUCUUGUCCUUUUUUACAAUAUCGAGGCAUAAUAUUGUUAUCAAGAGCAAUACUGGAUUUUAUUUCGUGGGAGUAGCAUUGGUUAUUAUCAAUGUUGGGGUGAAUGAAGCAUAUUAUUAGUAACAUUUCAAGUGAUUAUUGGUGUACAGAGGCUUUUAGUAUAAGGUAAGGUGUAUAUUCUAUAUGAUGUAAGGCUCUAACUCUGUUGAGGAGAUUUAGGCUUCGUUUGGGGCGGUUUUUUUACUGCUUCUUAAAACAGCUUUCAAGUACAAAAUUUUUAACUUUUGUACUAGAAAGUUAUUUUAAGAAACACUAAGAAAGCUGUUUCAAAAGAAGCCUUAGUUUUCCUUUUUGCUUGAAUCAUUUUAGUAUGUUAUUAGCUACGGUGCUGCUAAGGAGUUGGCACCAUUUAUUUGACAAUGGAAAGGGUUUGUGCUAUUGUGA